AUGGACAAACGCGAGAGACCUGAACAUCUUCGCGGCCUUAAUAAUGCGCAAUACUCUGCUGUCGUUCAUAAUCCAAAGGUUCCUCUGCAAAUCUUGGCUGGCCCAGGGAGCGGUAAAACGCGGACUUUGACAUACCGAAUCGCCCAUUUGAUCAAGGAACACAACGUCGAACCUUCCAAGAUCGUCGCUGUAACCUUUACAAACAAAGCUGCGAACGAACUACGUGUUCGACUGCACGCCUUGAUCGGAGAGAAAGCUGCCUCGGCACUGGUGCUCGGGACGUUUCAUUCGAUCUGUGGACGACUCCUGAGACAACACGGUCACGCUAUCAACAUCCAGAACAAUUUCUCAAUUUGUGAUGCAGACGAGUCAAAGAAGAUCAUAAACGGGAUUCUCAAAGAUAUGGUUGCCGCUUCCGGUGCUCAUGCUACUGGAGCACAAAGACUUGAUAUCAAGGACAUAGUUGCCGUCGAACUCAUUUCCAAGGCCAAAGCCAAAUGCAUCACUCCCGAGGAGAUGGAAUCGACAGCGCGUCGUGACCUUCAAAGGACAACCACGCUCUCCAAAGGCGAGACCAGCCCUCAUAUAAUGCUACAACUCUCGCCCGUGUACAAGGAGUAUGUAGAGGAGUGUCAGAAACAUAACGCCCUGGACUUUGACGACCUUUUAAUGUUGGCCGUCAAAUUGCUGAAGAAGAAGCCAGACUGUAUCGACAUUGAACACGUCUUCGUCGACGAGUUCCAAGAUACCAACACAACGCAGUUCGAGCUCAUGGUCUUGUUUGCCGCAAAGCACGGUAAUGUUAGUGUGGUUGGGGACCCGGAUCAAUCAAUAUACGCCUGGAGGUCUGCAGAGGUCGAAAAUCUUGCGAGAAUGAUUUUGCGCUUUCCGAACACGCAACAGAUAUAUUUGGAGGAUAACUAUCGGAGUACUGGUGCCAUUUUAGCCGCAUCAGUCGCUAUCAUCUCAGAAGACACGAAUCGUCCACCAAAGACAUUGCGAACAUCUCACGCUUUUGGAGCAACGCCAACUCUAGGUUCAUGUGCCGAUGAACACGAAGAGGCUGCUUGCAUUGCAGACGAGAUCAAGAGGCUAAAGUUAAUAUCAGGCGGAUUGCUCAAAUGGAGUGACUUUGCGAUUCUGCUUCGGUUUAAUGCACUCUCACGGAAUAUUGAGACGGCUUUACAGCGGGAGGGUAUACCGAACCGUGUUCUCUCAGGUCAUAAAUUCUUUGAGAGAAUAGAAAUCAAAGACCUACUCGCCUAUCUUCAAAUAAUUGACAACUUUGAUUUCGAUCCAGCUGCCCUCCGUAUCAUCAAUGUGCCGAAGCGCAAUAUUGGCAACAAGAGUGUAGAAGAACUGAGAAAGAAGGCACGAAAGAUGAAAAAGCCUGUCAUGCAUGUGGUUGAAAAAAUCGUGGAUGGGCGCAUUCCAGAUAUCAAUCCUCCUGUGCUGAACAAGGCGAAGGAACUCGUUAGAACCAUGCAGCGGCUGCGCAAACUAUCCCAAGAGGGAAUGUCUGUUGUCGAUUUGAUCCAAGAACUCCUGACAGCAAUCAACUAUGUGGAAUACCUUAAGACCACGCAGCAAGAUUGGGAAGCCCGUUGGGAAAACAUACGCGAAUUGAUCACUUUUGCAACGGAAACCGUUCCUACGGCUGGAAUGGAAACAACCCUCACUGUGCCCACAUCACCAACUAGUACUGAGCCUAUCCCUCUCUCGGCAGUGGGUGACGAUGAGAGCAAAGACACCCCUGAAGAGGACUGGGGCAGCCAAAGUAAGCCAAUUCUCAUCUUCGAGGAUGAUCAGGAGGAAGAAGAAGCGCCAUCCCUGCUACCAGAAACGAUGACACCAUUACGAGCGUUUCUUCAAGCAACUAGUUUGUCUACAGACACACUAGUUAACGAGGAUGAUACCCAGGAGAAAGUCAUUAUCUCGACGUGUCACGCAGCAAAAGGGCUCGAGUGGCCAGUUGUGUUCGUUCCGAGCGUGGAGCAAGGAACCUUUCCCUUCUACCGUUCCGACGACACUGAAGAAGAAAGGCGUCUGCUCUAUGUAGCCUGCACUCGUGCUCAAGUAUUGCUCUACCUCACUCACGCUGGAAGACGCAAGAUUGGCGGAGAGUCAAAGGCGAAUGACCUCUCAGAAUUUGUCAAAGCUGUUAUAGACAAAGACACGGCCAAGACCAUUUUCACUCAUAACAAGCCCAUUCUUCAUGCGAAAGAGUUUGGAGUGCUAGGCAAGAUUUUGGAACGAAAGGCACCAGACCCGAAAGAAUGCGACGCAGGAGUCAGCACCUAUCUUAAAAGCAAACCUGCACCCAUCGCCUUCCAGGGGGUGAAAGGCAAUCCUGAGCCACAAAGGCCCAAUAACGCUGAAACAAGGCUCAUUUCUGAGAGAACGGCACUUUCUGCAACGUUCCAGACGGCCCGCUCCGUAAUCCAGAGUGCUUCACAGACCAAAUCUCCUCCACUGGAAACGGUCAGAAAGCCAUCAGCACAUGCUUUGACCUCGUAUCAGAGGCCCGUGUCCUCUUAUUUCUCUCAAGGCCAACCCGCCCCAUCCUCCAAUGGAUCCGCAGUCCUUCAAAAUGCCCAUAAAACUGUAGAAUCCCGUUCAAAAGGGCUAUUGUUUCGUCCUCAAGCUAGCCCAGUCUCAAGUUCGAUACCUCGACCCCUUGGAAUGCCUGAAGAGAACAAGGGCGAGAAGACUCAUCCCUCUCUAGACUUGAUUGAGGAUGCAUUGAGCGCGGAGGCCGUUAAACCUCCACCUAUUGCACCCAAGCUAGCCGGAACAAAGCGCCGCUUGGGAAUGACCCCUGUCACCAAGAUGCCUCGUUUAAAGUAG